CAAACACAAUGUAAAUCAAAACAUGAGCAGCUGACAAAUAUUUUUAUAUAAUUCAAAGUGAUUCUUACCAAUUUUAUCAAAAAGCGUAUACAAUUUUACUAGCCGAAUUUAUUUUUUUUGAAUUUUAUAAUGUUACUUUUAAAUUAUGUAUUUAUUGCGACAUUUCUAGUUUUAAUUAUUGGUGCACACACAUCAAAUUUAGAUGAAAACACGCAUUCAUUAAAUGAAAAAGAAUGGGAUAUUCUAAUAUUUACACAACAUUGGCCAGUAACGGUAUGCUAUCAAUGGCAAGAAGCAUCUGUUACGCAUAAAUGUUUAUUACCACCGUUAAACAAUACAUGGACAGUACAUGGUGUAUGGCCAACGAAAAUAGGUACAUUAGGUCCAGAAAAUUGUAAUACAACAUGGAAAUUUGAUCCCGAUCAAAUAAGUACUUUAAUGAGUCAAUUACAAACGUAUUGGAUUGAUAUUGAAACGCAUAAUAUGAAGCAUUCAUUAUGGAAACAUGAAUGGGAAAAACAUGGUACAUGUGCAGCCGAAAUACCUGAUUUUGAUACGGAGUUAAAGUAUUUUAGUAAAGGUUUAACGCUCAUUUAUAAGUAUAACAUGGAAUUUAUUCUUAGCAAAAGUAAUAUAAUCCCAGAUGAGAAUAAAGAAUACUUUGUUGAGGAUAUUUAUGAUGCAAUUGUAAGUGUUACUCAGAAAAAACCGUCAAUUGAAUGUUUUAAGGAUAAACAUUUAAAUCAAACAUUAUUGUGGGAAAUUCGUAUAUGUUUUGAUAAGAAUUUAGAGUUAAUCGAUUGUGAUGGUAUACGAGAUCCGAUAUAUCAUAUUAAGAAUUCAGCGAUCAUUACAAAUUGUAAACUAAAUACACCAAUAUAUUAUAAAAAUUUAGUACCAAUUAGACCUACGACACGGCCUACAACAAUCGAAUAUGAUGACGAAAAUGAGCGUAGAUCAUUUGUACAUAAAGUUUUAGAUAUUUAUAGAGUGUUAACUUUUCUUAGAUGGCUUACAUUAUAAAAAUUUAUUUUUUAUUAAUUGUUGACUGAAUGAGUAUCCUAAUAUUUAAAUACGAAAAAUACGCGGGCAAUUGCCGUUUACGGUAAUAUCGUAGACAAAGACAUUUUACUCAGACUGAAAAUUAAAUAUAAUAUUAUAAAAAGCUCACGGUAGUCUGAUUUGUACCACUGAAUAUUUGUAAUUUUAUGUCCUAAUAAUCAUUUGUUGGCAGUUUCCAAAUAGUGAUAGUAGACGAAAAUUAUUUUAUUUUCACGUCCAGGAUUUUACUACUUCUAUUAUUUUGUUGCACGAAAUAAGAAAGGAUGCUUUGUUAAAUGAUAAAUACAUUCUUGAAACCUCGUUAGUGGGACUUCUUUUUUACGAUUCUAACAAAAAUUUCUCUACGAUUUUUUUCGAAAGUCCUGCGUUUUUAAAUUGAGCGCGAUAACGUCAUA